AUGGAAUCAAGAAGCUACGAAAAUAACAGCCCGCACAUCAUCACACACAAUGGGCCCUUUCACUUGGACGACGUAAUAUCCUGCUACAUGCUCAAGAAGAUAUAUCCGAACGCCAAAAUAACCCGCAGCAGAGACCACGGAGUAAUUGCCUCCGGGGAUAUUGUCGUCGAUGUGGGGGAUACCUUCUGCGUGGAGAGAAGAAGGUUCGACCACCAUCAGAGAGGAUUCCACGAGACAUACAGCGAGGACUACGCGAUAAAACUGAGCAGUUCCGGGCUUAUCUUCAAAUACUUCGGGAAAGAGUUUCUCUCUGCUAUUGGGAUACACACAGAGAGUGAGUCCGAGAUGAAAGUGUACAAAGAUAUUCUGUACAGAGUAUACUUUGUCUCUGUGGAUGCCCACGAUAAUGGGGUGGAGAUUGCAGAGAAGUCAGCGUACAACCUGAGAACACUCGAUGAUAUGGUGAAGAGUCUUGUUCCUGCAUGCCCAGAGGCUACGUUCGAAGAGGCUGAGAUUAUCCGGAGAAAGGCCUUUGACGAGGCGAUGAUUUGGAUGGGGAAAGACCUUGAGAGAACCUGCCACCAACUCUACGACCAAGUAAUUAGGAAUAUGUCUGCUGUUAAGAGUGCUUUUUCUAUGGGUCCUUCUGAUGCUUUAUAUAUUAUCAUGAAUAAGGGAUAUACUUCGCGCGAACUCGUGUACUACUUCAACAGAAUUUUCAAGAGGAAAGUCUCUGUGAUCAUCAACAGGAGGUUGGGGGA